UCUCUCAGUGCGCCUGCGCGGCCUCCGCUCUGAUGAGUUAAUUGGCUGCAGCUGUGCACGCGGCUGUGCGCGCUCCCGACACGCUGAGAGAGGAGACACGAUGCUGAAGAUGGAGGACUGUCUGAUCCGCGGCAACUCGUCUGAUCUGGUUUCUGUUCUUCACUCUGAGGGUCUGACCAGCAUCACACUCACCACACUGGACCAGCUGGUUACCACGGAUCUGUGUGGAUCUGGUUUCAGCAGAGUUCUGGUUGUGUUGAAGUCUUUACAGAUUCUGUCUGAGAACAGAGACGACCUGCAUACGCUGCUCCACCACGGACUGACUGCUAAAGUGUUGUUGUGGUUCGAAGCUGUCCAUGAUCUGCUCACCUCUGACCUCCAGAAGAACUCCGCCUCCUUGUUGAGCCUCACUGAGGAGUUUUAUGACUACUUCCUGCUGCUGGGUCAAGCCUCUCUUCCAGUCAGUCAGCUGUCUGUGGUUCUUCUUCAACUGGCUCGGUUCGCGCUGGAACCGGAAAUCCACUUUCCACUGAGACUGGAGGCCAUCAGAACCUUCAACAGCAUCCUGGAGUCUCUGAGCAGAGAGCAAAGGAGACUGAUCCAGAACGACCAAAACCAGAUCCAAAUACUAUCCCAGAUGUCAGCAGCAGUCCUGACAGCUGGCGACUACGAGCUGCAGGUCAGCCUAUCAGAGGCUCUGUGCCGUCUGACUCCCAGGAAGGACCGAGAGCAGAGAGCCAAUCAAUGGUUCUCCAGCUGUGACAUCAGCACCGCCUUCUGUGACAUCAGAGACGGAGACUUUGAGGUGGACUGUCGCCGUUUCCUGAAUUUUAUCAACGGUCACCAUGGCGACCAGAGGAGGGUCUACAGCUUCCCCUGCCUCAGAGCGUUCCUCGACUCCACAGAGCUGUUUCCUCCAAAAGAUGACAAACUGGACAAGUUCUGGAUCGAUUUCAACCUCAGUUCAGGAUGUGUGAGCUUCUUCAUCGAUGAGCCUCAGGGUUUCCUGUGGGGCUCCGUCCACCUGCUGAAAGAGGAAGUGGAUCGUUAUAGCGUUCAGCUGAAACGUGACGGAUGCUCUGGGGCAGAGACGGUCCUAAGUGUGCAGCUCAACAAUCCCAUCAUGCACCACAACAGCAGAGGUCAGACAGUGGAGCUGAACUUUGACUGUGAACACCACCGAGAGCUGGAGGAGGCUGCUGGGAGAGUCUUCAUGAAGGGGAGGAGUUCCCCCUGUGUCGAAAGCACUGGUGGUACAGUCCAGGUGUUCCCCUCUGCUGCCAAACAGAGUGGUAGAUCCUACAGCAGGAAGAAACCACAGAGCAAGAGUCAGCUGAAGAUCUUGCCUCUGUCAUCUCCGAGCAGUGAAGAUGACUCGUCUGUAAUGAAGAUUCCAGGGAGAAGCACAGCAGAGUUUCUGUUUGAUCAGAUCAGACACUCGACUCCGACAUACGACUCAGGUGUUCCUGUCCCUGAACCUGUCUGUCUCUCAGGUGUUCCUGUCCCUGAACCUGUCUGUCUCUCAGGUGUUCCUGUCCCUGAACCUGUCUGUCUCCCAGGUGUUCCUGUCCCUGAACCUGUCUGUCUCCCAGGUGUUCCUGUCCCUGAACCUGUCUGUCUCCCAGGUGUUCCUGUCCCUGAGAUGUCACAAGAAGAGACAGACGUAUUCAGAGGAAGCAGCUCUCCUUUCAUAAAGGAAGUGUUGAGUUGUGGCAGGAAGAGAGCGACUGCAGACUCAGGCUACCUGUCAGACCAAACUGAGGGUGUGUCUGCACAGAAGAAGAGGGCUGGGCCUCAGACCAAGGGGGAGGAGCCUAAAUCACCUCUGACAGAGGGGUUACCUGAGGGGGCGGAGCCUCCGGAGGAGGAGGAGGAGGAAGAGAAGCUGUUUGAUGGAGGUGCAGAGGAAGGUUUAGAGAGGAAGGCACCUAUAAUAGAGUCAGACCUCACAUCAGGCAUCACAGCUGCAUUCAACACCUUCAGAACACACCUGGAACAACACUUCACUGGCUGCUGGCGGAACGUUGAAGCUCAAGUUCUUCUGUCUUUAAAAGAGUGUCAACAACACGUCGCCUCACUGCUGACAGCUGUCCAUCAACACAGGUUGGUGUUGCUGCAGACGUUUGAGAGCAAUGUUUCUGAUCAACUGAACCGACUGCAAGAAUACUCAUCCAACCUGAACAACAUCAACACACAGAUCCUGACUUUCUUCCAGUCUGAGAUGCAGCGUCUGGGCUCGUUCUGUGAUGAACACUUACAGAGGUUGAAAUCUUUGGAGCGUGGCGAGUCAGGGGCAGAGCGUCCGUUCAGCCAGUGAAGGAGAAGAAGAGAAGAGCUGGUCCAAUCAGGAAGAAGCUCACAGACGUUUCAGAUCAGAUUUGUGAAUCGAAGCUGUCCCACAGCUCAUGUCCUCACCAGACUUCAUUCACUUUUCACACAUUUUGUUUCAACUGGAGUGAAAGGGUUAAUUUCCUCUACAGGGUGAAUAAAGACACUAAAUGAA